UGUGAUCUAUAGUAUUUAUGUUAUAGUAAGGCCAUACAGGUGGAACAGGUUUGAGCACUCUCGCAUGCCACUGAACUCCUAGGGACUCGAAUGAUUUCAGGGCACGACUAAUGGCAUCUCUACAAUUGGACGUUGUGGAAGCGCUUGUGCGGGAGUAUCUUGUGCGUGCCAACUGCACGUCUGCCCUUGACGCUUACAACCGGGAAAAGCCGAAGCACAGCAACAGUAUUACCAAGCGGGAAGUACUUCGCAAGGCUCUCGGUCUAGAUAAGGCAGCAGCCUAUUACAAGAAGCAGAACCCGACGGUGGAAAGCCUUCCUUCGACGCUCGAGCUGUGGGUCAACUACCAGAUGGCCAAGCUGGCGAGCGGACCGGAGGCGCCGAUAUCGACGCAGUCAUCGCAGGCCUCUCGGCCCGCACGCACUCCGCCUCGGGAGGCUGACGAUCCGGAAGAGUCGUCCGCACCCGUGCCUUCACCAGCCCUAACACGCAGGCCUCCCAGCGGCUCUGGAGCUGCUUCGGCCGCCCCCGCCCCCGCUUCUGCAUCGCCUGCCAAGGACACCGCACCACCCCGGCUGGUUCCCCUUGCGACCCCAGCCGCAGCCCCAGCCAAAGCCUCCGUCCCGCUUCCACCCGUCCCGGCCCAGGAGCGCCUGACAUCGCGCUCCUCCCUGGCUCCAAUACCACCGCACUCCGCCUCAGCCCCGGCCCACCCGCAGCCCCUGGCAACAGUCCCCACCCCACCUCCACCGCUUUCCGCACCCGUCCUGGGCCUACCCCCGCCGCGCCCGGCCCCAAGCCCUAUUCGCCCGCCCCCUCCCCCACCGCCGCCGUCUAUACCCGCACUUCGCGGCUCCAUCGAUAUAACACCUGCACAGCCGCGGCAGGUCUCAAACUCAGUCCCGACAACCCAGAAUGCUGCGCCGGCUGGCACCCAAGCUGCUACCCAUGCAACCCAGGCGCGUAGGAAAACCAGCCGCAGAUCCUCUAAAGCAGUUUCGUUACCUCAACUGCCGACAGCUGCCUCCACCGCCGCCGCCGCCACAGCAGCAGCCACAUCACGCCGGGUGUCUCGCCCACCCGGCCCGCCCCGAACCGGCGCUGGCUCGGGGUGCUCAGCGCCUUGCGGGGGCAAGGGGCCGCCUCCGCCGCGUGUGUCGCUCCGUCCCCUGGCCGGCGCCCAUCCGGGGGCCGCAGCAGCCCAACACGCCCCGCAGCCUGCCGCGCAGCAAGGCGGCGCCGUUCGGCCGGGGCCCCCGCGGCAGGGCUUUGGUUUCGGCGACCCGGCGCCCCCGGCCGCCAGGGCUGCAGCUCCAGGGCCCGGCACGCGGCGUGUUUUGGGAACUAGCAGCCGCGAUGAAGACGAAGAUGAGGAGCCCGAAAUCAUCCGCCCGGCCGCAACCCCCGGUCGCGGCGCCGCCGCCACCGCUUCCUCUUCGCGUACCUCCGCCAGCCGCAGCGUGGGCGCCAACAGCUCACCACCCGCAGUCCGGUCGGCAGCAGCAGCACCCUCGCAGCAGCAGCGCAUGGGCGCGGGGCUGCGGGGGGGCGGCGGGGAGCUGGUGAUGGAGGACGUGGGGGACGUGUGCUUCGAUGACGAGGGCGAUGUGGGAGCGGCAGCACCUACAUCGGGUUUCGGAGCCAUGCGCAUAUCGGGACCUGCCACAAGGAAGCCGGGCGCGCCCGUCUCCCCCGAGCUCAUGCGGCAGCUCCGGCAGCUGCUGUGGGGCGGCCAGGGCCAGCCGCCGCCCUCCUGGAAGCAGGGCUUCUUCUUCAGCCGCCACGCGGGGCUGCAGUUCGGGCUGGUGCAGCGGCAGGGCGGCCCCUGCGGCGUGCUGGCGGCCGUGCAGGCACACGUGCUGGCGGCGCUGCAUGUGCCGUCCUCGGGCGGCUUCAACACCAGCCCCCGGCCCCAGGAGCAGCUGACGGCACUGGCGGCCGCGCUGUCCGAGUCGCUGUGGCAGGCGCGCAUGGGGCCCACUGCGGCGCUGCUGCUGCCGGAGGGGGAGGCGGGUGGCGCGGCGGGGCGGCUGGGCUACGACGCGCUGAGUCGCACGGUGGCGCAGCACACAGCAGCAAGCAAGGAAGCACUCACGGAGCUGGUUCGCGGCUCCCUCACGGUGCUCAUGGCGGAGGACGGCUGGGGUGUGGUGCUGUUCGUGAUGAGUCUGGCGCUCACCCGCGGAGUGGCAAACGUGCAGGCCGACAUGGACGAGCCGGGCAACAGCCUGAUGGGCAUGCACGGCUAUUGCACGCAGGAGCUGGUCAACCUCAUUCUGCUGGGCACCGCCAACUCCAACGUGUUUGACGGCAACCAGCAACUGGACGGCACCACCACGCUCAAGGGCGUCAGUCGCCGCUGCCGGCUGGGUCUGCUCACACUGUUCGAGUGGUACAAGUACGUGGAGGUCGGCCCCUCCCUGAAGAACCCCUCGCUGCCGGUGUGGGUGGUCUGCUCCGAGAGCCACUUCACAGUGCUGUUCGCGCAGGACGCGCGCGCGCUCCAAAACCAGCUGCCCUUCGACCUCUUCUACUAUGACGAGCUAGCCAACCAGGAGAGCAUCAUCAGGCUGUCGGUGGCCAAGGACCCGCGGGGCGGCUGGACGGCCCGCGUGGGCUCUACCAUGGGCGACCGGGGCAAGUGCGAGGGGCAAAACAUCCCGCCCCUGGAGUGCGUCAUUGAGACCCGCUGGCCGGGCGUCAAGGUCAACUGGAACGGCCACGAGCCCAUCCUGUAAGGGUGCGGCAGGCAAGCCCCGACCAUGGCCGAAGCUGUUUUGGUAUGGCCAACAGCGUGUUAGUCCAACAGGAAAUACAGGAUGCAUUCUACGCAUGGUAUAUCUUGUAGGUAGGCGUAGUGGCGACUGCAACCUGCGCGCGUAUGCACGGCUUGUACCGGUGACAGCUAGCGGUAGGCAUACAGACGGACCAGACACUAGGCUCAGGUGGACGUUUAGGAGUGAUAGCAAUCCAGGCUAGUUAGCUAACGCACUGGAUAUCGCACAGGCGCCUGCAAGCAUGUACGCUGAAACUCAAGCUGCAUACUAGUUUGUCGAUGGAACAUGUACUAGUUUUGGUCGGUGGAAUAUACAGCGAUAGAAGGUUGGUGCAUCCAAGUGCAAGGUGACUUAUAAAUGAAAGCAAUUAUGCUGACGUGUAUGCUGCGUGCAACGUAUGGAUGGAAUGAGGGUGCCUUGUAAAAGGGGCUCCCUGGGCCGCUUCUUUC